CCAAUCAAAGCAAGGAGUGACAGGAAUGAUCCAAUCCUGGGUACCGGCUGAGGACGGGGGCGGAGACAAGUGGCCCAUCUGGACUCCAGACUGGAGCUGUUGGGAAGGACUACUGCUGCAGUGCUAAGAGUCCGGUCGCCAGCAGAAGCACCCUCUCCGCUUUGAGGAGAGCCAUGAGCCGUUUCCUGAAUGUGUUACGAAGCUGGCUGGUCAUAGUGUCCAUCAUAGCCAUGGGGAACACACUUCAGAGCUUCCGAGAUCAUACCUUUCUCUACGAAAAGCUGUACACUGGCAAGCCAAACCUCGUGAAUGGCCUACAAGCCCGGACCUUUGGGAUCUGGACACUGCUCUCCUCAGUGAUUCGCUGCCUCUGCGCCAUUGACAUCCACAACAAGACGCUCUACCAUAUCACGCUGUGGACCUUCCUGCUUGCCCUUGGGCACUUCCUCUCCGAGUUGUUUGUAUUCGGAACUGCAGCCCCCACAAUUGGCGUCCUGGCACCUCUGAUGGUGGCAAGUUUCUCGAUCCUGGGAAUGCUGGUUGGGCUCCAGUACCUAGAAGCAGAACCAGUAUCCAGACAGAAGAAGAGGAAUUGAGUCCAGUUGGCCCGACCGCCUCCAAGAGCAGCGGGACCAAGGGCUCCUUCUUCGCCAGGCCGCUCCCACCAGGCUCCUCUCUGCUGUGGGACCCAACAGUCAGCCAUCCACAGACACACAGCGCUUCCGACGCAGGCUCCCCUCUGUGAGCAGACUGUGGCUCUCUUAUCUAGAGGCUGAUGAAGAAUGAAAGGGUUUGGGCUGGUUUAAGAGCUUGUGGUCACCUGUAUUUGUGAAACCAAUUUUGUAAUAAAUAGAAAAACCCUCUUC